AUGGCAUUGUUGCCUCGCGAUCCUGGUGAUGUCGAUAUCGAUCGCAGUGUGCAGAAGUGGAAUUAUGCCUGCCAGUCACUAUGUAUCAUUACCAUGACCCUUUUCUUUGGUCUUCGAGUUUAUACUCGUCAGUUCAUUCUGAAUGGAUUUGGAAAGGAGGACUGGGCCUGUAUGGCGGCAUGGUUCCUGGGUGUCUGCUACUCGAUAAUUGCCCUCCUCAUGGGCCACUAUGGAGGAGGCCUUCAUCUUGCCGACGUACCAGAUGAAAACCUCAUUCCUUUUUCAAAAACCGUCUACGUGACACUCGUCAUGUACGGACCGACAGCAUACAUCACCAAAUUCUGCCUUCUUUGGAUCAUGACCCGCGUAUUCAAUCCCUUCCGCAAAGCCGUCAUUUUCAUCUACGCCUUCAUGGGAAUCAUGCUCGCGUACUACAUCCCAGCCGUCAUUGUCAAAAUCAGACUUUGCAACCCGAUAUCGAAAUUUUGGGAUGAUAGUAUCGAGGGAAGCUGUAUGAACGAGAACGCUAUCAUCAUGGCCGACGCCGUCAUCAGCGUUACUAGUGAUCUGAUUGUUCUGCUGCUGCCACUACCCUUGACUUUGAGUCUGCAAAUGUCUAACAAGAAGAAGAUGAGAGUAAUUGCUAUCCUCGGAGCUGGUGGAUUGGCCGUUGCAUCUAGUAUCAUUCGCUUGAUCCUAAUUGCUAUUACCGCUAAAUCGAAAGAUACCACAUUGGCCUUUAUGAGGGUCAAUAUGCUAGGCAAUGCUGAAAUCUCCAUCGGGGUGAUUUGCACCUGUCUACCUGCCCUUUCCGCCCUCUUGAAAAAGGUCCUCCGCGAAUACUCGAGCAAUAAAGCAACAACAAGCCCCUCCGAUUAUAAAAUGGACACACUACGAAACCAAAGCAAGACACAACGAAGCACAAAGCAAAUGAGUGUUCUUGAGAGGGAGUCUGAUGAGGAUGUGCUCAUGUACAAUGCACAAGGCAAUCCAAGGAUUGAGACCACGGUCAACGUGGACAACGGAAAACAUGACAGUUUACGAAGUACAUCAUUUGGUGGUAUUGGGGUUACAAGGACAGUUGACGUGGACGUUUCUUCGGCUCAUGAAAGCCGACAUCAUGAUGUCUAA